UUUAAUGGCAGGGGAAAAAUUUGAAGAACAAAAAAUGCUUAGAUGCAGUUUGAGAAAAGAUGUAACAUCAACACUGGCACAAACAAAAAAGCUUGUCUAUGAUUCUUUAAAGAAAAAGACAGAAGUAGGAUUAAGUGCAGACCAUAUCUUACAUCAGUCUACAGAUGCUACAUCAAUGACACAAGCACAGCCUUCUUAUAAUGACCACCAACAAAAACUUUCAUCUACAAUAGUAGAUGCUGUUAUUGCACAAGAAAAAGGAAGGUAAAAGCAACGUAGUUAAGAUUUUUAAUGUGAGGUUUU